ACAAACAUCGAGGAGACUUCUUCGAUUAUUACGCUUUUAAUUACCUAUAUCUCAUCAGACGCAAACCCACCGAUCCGAAAAUCAAAAUCAGAAUCCACAAUGGCUUCCGUCCCAACCACCUCCAUCGCCUCAGCGUCCCCAUCCGCCUCCGCAAACGCCGCCUGCGCAACCCAAAACUUCUCCGAAUUCCCCACCGCCGACUCGGGCUGCGCCGUCGGCAGCCGACAAGGCAUCCCAUCCUCGUACAAAGACACGCUUCAGAAGUGCUGCAAAUCCGCGCCCGUCGAAUCCUGGGCCGACGACUGCGCAGCAUACUGCCUUGCCGUCGACCAAACCGUCGCAGACCUCGUCAAGUGCUUUCAAGACGACAAAGUGAACCCGUCGGAAAUCUUCUGCAGUGGGAACAAUACCGCGACGGCGACGGGGAAACCGAGUUCGAGCUCGGGAUCGGGGUCAAGCAGUGGGAGGCCCGGUGAGACGGGCGGCAGUCAAGGAGAUGCUCAGCAAGGGCAGAAUAUGGCGAGUGUGCAGGGUGUGAGUAAGGCAGGUUUGGGGGUUGUGGCUAUGGUGUUCACUUCUGCUCUUUUUGGAGCGAUGUUGUGA